GAGCGACAGUUUGUGCUCCGUAAUACUGGAGAACGGUGUCUGAUUGAUCAUUGGAUUAUUCCACUGGUAUCACGGCUACUACCGGAACACCACCGGUUCAUUGGUGCUUUUUCUUGCUGUCAAGGACGGGUCACCAACAUUCGGAGCCCGGAUUCUGUAGUUAUCCCACUACAUCCCUGUGCACGUGUUUUCGUAUUGGCAGCCUCUAGGAACGCUCACGUGUGACGUCAAAUCGAGCCAAGGCUGAUAAAGAACAUGGCGAUCCCUUGGAUACUUGUUUUCCGCGGACCAUUGCAGUGUUCACCGGUGUCUCACCCAAUAAUUCAAGUUUUCUGAUACUUCUCGAGGAUAAUUCAUCGGAUACACAAUGCCAGUUACAAAUGUGGCAACUGCUGAGGAGUUCAACGAGUUCAUCAAAUCGAGAGAUCUGCUUGUGAUUCACUUCUACGCCCCAUGGGCAGACCAGUGUUCCCAAAUGGACGAGGUCCUGCAGGAUCUCGCCAAGUCCGAGCACCACAAGGGCCUCCAGUUCGCCAAGGUCGAGGCUGAGGACCUCUCAGAGAUCUCCCUCAAGUACAAAAUCACCGCAGUUCCCACCGUGAUUCUCGUGAAGGAUCUCGUGGAGAUUGACAGAGUAGACGGAGCCAAUCCCUCAGUCCUCGUCGAAAAGAUAAAGGAGCACUCGCCGAAGGGUUCAGCCCCUGUGUACGUCACAAAACCCGAGGUCAGCCUCGAGGAGAGGCUCAAGAAGCUGAUCAACCAGGCCCCCUGCAUGCUGUUCAUGAAGGGAGACCCCAAGACCCCCAGGUGCGGCUUCUCGAGGACAAUCGUGGGGAUGCUGGACUCGCUCAAUGCCGAUUAUCAGUCCUUCGAUAUUCUUCAGGACAACACUGUCAGGGAGGGGCUGAAGAAGUUCAGCAAUUGGCCGACGUACCCUCAGUUGUACGUCAACGGGGAACUUCUUGGGGGCCUCGACAUUGUCAGGGAGAUGAAUGAGGCCGGCGAGCUUGAGUCUAUGCUUCCGAAGAAGAGUUAAUUGAGAUUCCAGGAUGACAAUUAAAUUAUUUAAUGUACGCUCGAUGUAAUAAACUAAUUUUUCUGCAA